UAUGAAUACAGAUGACCACAUGUAUAAUGACAGACAAGAGGAUUAUUUCUCUCGUUUGGACGGUAGGAGGGUAGAAAAGGAUAAUCUUCCGGAGAAAAUGUAUUAUGUUCUUAAAAACAUUGAAGAAAAAAGUCGAUGUUAUUUCGAAUAUGUUAAAAUCGGAACUGAUUUGACUUUUAAUCCUGGCUUACCUUGCAGCUUAAGGGAUUAUGACAGAAUGAGAAAUAGUUGUGAAGAUGUAAGUUACAAACGUCAAGCGGGAGUUUACAUGGACAUGGUUGAAAACGUCUUAAAUGGCAUUCAUGACUUUAAUAUAGCUCAGCAGGAUAUAAUGAAAAAAACUGCUCCUGAGAUUCCACAAAAACAGAAAGAUGUAAAUAUUGACCGUAAAGUGACCUAUGUAGAGAAAAAAAGGAAAAUUCUAAUAAAGCAGGAAAGACAAGUGCUAGAGAAAAAGGUUCAAGAUUACGGCGAGAAAUGUCAGGAGACUGGAGAUAAUCUAUUUCUAGAUAUUUCGGAUCAUACGUAUUGCAAAGGCAAAUAAUUAUGAUACUUUCUUUUAUUAAUGUUAUGUAAUUAAUUAUUAAUAUUGUCCUAAGGGAAUCUAUGUUAUCUAUUGGAUGAAGAUUUUGUGAUGAUUAAAGAAAAGCUAAUAGAUCCAGAAAUAACUAACGAUAAAAAUGCGUUCAUCCCUGUAAGAGUAGCUGCAACUAUGAUGAAUUUUAAUGAGUGGUGCAAUCAAGUGUACUCUAUUCCAGAGGAAACUAAUACUACAUGAGGAGCUUUUAUCAAGAAA